UUUCCUGCCACGUAACGACGCAUGCGCACCACUCAGCUAAUCAUUCGGCUACGUGUACCCGGUGUGUGGAAGUGUUCAGGUAUCUCACCUCUGCUGGGUAACAAGCUGCCAUAAAACCUAAAAAGCCUUAAAGGAGUGAAACCAUGGGAGGAUCGCAGAGUGUGGAGAUACCGGGAGGAGGCUCCGAGGGCUACCAUGUCCUCCGAGUUCAGGAGAACUCGCCUGGACACCGAGCAGGACUGGAGCCUUUCUUUGACUUUAUUGUCUCCAUCAACAACACCAGACUGAACAAGGACAACGACACCUUGAAAGACUUACUGAAAGCCAGCGUGGAGAAACCGGUUAAGAUGCUGGUUUACUCCUCAAAGACCCUGGAGCUGCGGGAGUCGACGGUCACCCCCAGCAACCUGUGGGGGGGGCAGGGCUUGCUUGGUGUGUCCAUUCGUUUCUGCAGCUUUGAGGGAGCCAAUGAGAAUGUCUGGCAUGUGCUGGAAGUGGAGCCUAAUUCCCCAGCAGCCCUUGCCGGCUUGCGGCCGCACACUGACUACAUCAUUGGAGCCGACACUGUUAUGAACGAGUCAGAGGACCUGUUCUCUCUGAUAGAGAGCCAUGAGGGGAAAGGCCUGAAGCUCUAUGUGUACAACACAGACACCGAUAACUGCAGAGAGGUGAUCAUCACACCCAACAGUGCCUGGGGAGGAGAGGGCAGCCUUGGAUGUGGGAUUGGCUAUGGAUACCUCCACAGGAUUCCCACCAGGCCUUUUGAGGAAGGGAAGAAGAUCAGCUUCCCUGGAAACUCUCCCAGUGAGCCUGUGAGUCCGCUGAAGGAUGGAUUCACUGAGGUCCAGCUUUCAGCAGUGACCCCUCCUACUACUACACCUGUUGUCCCCUCUGGCCUUGAAGAUUCACUGUCAAGCCUGUCAAUCAGCACAGCCCCGCCCACCAUGCCCAGCGAGCUGCAGACAGGUUUGCCCACAGUCCCUCUGCUCCCCUCCUCUACCAGCCCCUCCCUCAGCCCCCUCACUCCACUUAAUCCUGCCACCACCAGCUUCAACCCCGCCACCACGCUACCAGGUCUGAUGCCCCUCCCAGGUGGCUUACCUCCGCUCCCUAGCUUGCCCAAUCUCAACCUGCCACUCCCAAACCUCAGUGCGAUGUCACUAGCAGGCUCCAGCACCUUACCACCGCCAGGAACCACAGUCCCACCUCUGGGCUCUUUCCCACCCCUCAACCUCACAGGUCUGGCCCCCUUACCCCCUCUACCCACCAUGCUGCCCUCCCAGCUGCCUCCUCUCCUCCCUCAGGGAGUGGCCCCCCUCCUGCCCAUUUCCACCACCGCUCCUUCAGCCUCAGUCACAGUCACAGCAGCGCCUGCGUCCGAGCCUGCCGCCGACCCCACAGUCCCCACGGAAGCCGCCUCCACGAACGCCACGGAAUCACCGGCCCCCACGGAAACAACACUAACGUCUUAGCCUGGGAAAGAAGAUCCCGCUUGCCAUCAAACUAAAACACACAUCCGGUUUCUCUCUUUCCCGUCUGUUUUUCUCUGUGUUUUUCUAUUUAUUUGGCCAAGAGGGACAGGCAGACACCUGCAUUAGUUCAGACACAGAGGUCGGCAUGCUCCAGUUAUUGGUGAGGAAGCUUGUGUUCAGCAAUGAAGGAAGAAUGGAGGACGGAUGUAGACUGGUCUUACCAACAUGUCUUUAUUGCCUGAUUGUCAUGGAGCUUGCCUAAGCUGCUGUAUGUGGAGGACGAGGUCUCCUCUUAGGUUUGUAGUUUGCUUCGCACUUCUGCAGUUACAACAAGGCAAAGAACUAUCUUAGGAUUUUCCCCUCUGAUCUGGCAAUCCUCUCUGUUUCACAUAGUUAUUUUUUUAUAUAAACAGUGUAUGUUAAUGGGGCUGGACAAUAAAUCGAAAUGACUGAAUUACUACCUACAUCAUGAAUCCCCUUAUAAAUAAGCUGAGAAUACCUACAACAACCAUUGACACCUAAGUGAAAGUUCAGCCAACCAAUCAGGUCGCAGUCCUGUCCAGAGGUCAUUUAACUAGUCAUACUGGAAUAAAUCGGGACAAAGAUAUUGGAUUGGUCCUACAGGAGAAAAGAAAUAUCACACACUGCUGUAUUAAAACAUAGGUAAGCGAUAAAAGAAAAAUGAAUUCAUCAUGUUAUAGAUUUUUUUGUCUUAUUGUCCAGCCCUAACGUGUAUACUAUUAGUUAAUAGACCCCCAGACCAAUAGAUUAAUUUGAUUGACAUGUAUUCAUUUUUGUUGAAAUUGCUGUAUGUCUCCACCCAAUGAAUGAAUCUGCAGUAUUUUUGCACCACCUUUUGUGUUUUGAAAUUAUUAUUCUGUCCCUUUUGUAUGCCUCCAUGUACAUCCAGAACUCAGUGGUCCGAAGGAUGGUAACAGCCUGAAGGCCAUGCCAGAGGGGACGGAGGUUUACAGUUACAUGAGCUACUGAGUGGAGUGUAUGUGCUGGCUGUUGGUGAAUCAGUAGGUAGGGGUGGAACAUGGGUGCGGGGUUAUUAAAUACACAGUACGUCUCCUCCUGGCAUGGCCGAAGCAAACUGGUAGGCAGUGAUGUAGGACAGCCACAAGGUGUCACUGUAACAGAACUUUCUGAAAACAUCUACACUGCACAGUGCGAGCAAUAAAGCCAAAUUAAUUUUA